AUGGGGCGUCGUGACUCAUGUCAGCGUCGUCUUGCGCCAUCGUCGACCCCACACGAACUCAGAUCCCAUCCUGCGGCACCGUCGCGACGCGCUGCAAACGCCCACGCCAACGACAAUGCGAACACGGACGUCAAUACGAACAUAAACGCACUUGUACCGGGGAGGCGAGUACGCAGCUGCAGGGCCUGCACUGGCACUGCGGGAGCGUGGGCAUGGGUGUGGACCGUGGAUGUGGGACGUGGACAUGGGUUUGGGAUGGAGCCCGCGCCUGCAGAUACCCGCAACACAGGCGACAGUGCCCGCCACUAUCUCGAACUCAAAGCGCGCCUCGAUCGAGGCGGAUGGCGCACGACAAACGAGAUCGAUCGCGUCGACGAGUGCGAAAGUGGUAAUAAAUACGGUGGGCCCGUAUUGGACCUGGGGACGCCCGUUGUUCGGGCCUGCGUUCGACACGGAGUCCACUAUGUCGAUUUGACGGGAGAACCCCCUUGGCUGCGGCAUGGAUUCCAUUCCGUCCGAUUAUUCGAUAUACCUCUCCUACAAGCAUCUUGGAUCGUUCACGGAUGGGAGAUGCUGUUCUCAACGUCGGCUUCCAACCUCCGCGGUCGCGUCACGAACGUUACUACCGCUGUCCCUGCUUUCGCCAACUCCCCAUCAGCGUCGGCGUCGACAUCCACAAACAACGGCAAUAUCGCGAGCGGGAGGGAACUGACGGUUGUAAAAUCACAGUUAAUCGGUCAAGGCUGCCCAGGGUACCUUCUCACCUCGAGUACGUAUCUGAUGCUAUGCUUUUCCUCUCCCCGGAUGAUCGACUUGGGCCUCGAUCCUUUCAUCCUAAUAGUAAUAAUAUCCGAGCCGGUGCUCUCCAUCCUCCUUGCGCGUGACCAUCUUCCAGCUCUGGCGCAACGCAGAGGCGUGUUGACGCCUGUCGCGGCGUUUGGCAAUGUCCUCGUCGAGAGACUGGAGAGGACCGGGAGGUUUGAGUUCCGGAGUGAGGUGCUCGGCGCAGAGGGCGGAGAGGAUAGGAAGAGGAAGUAA